CCCAUUCAGCAUAAUACAGUGAAGCUAGGUGCUUUUCAGGCUCAGGAAAAAGAACUGGUGUUUGACAUUGACAUGACAGACUAUGAUGAUGUGAGGAGGUGCUGCAGUUCUGCAGAUAUAUGUUCCAAAUGCUGGACCCUUAUGACAAUGGCCAUCCACAUCAUAGACAGAGCUCUAAAAGAGGACUUUGGAUUUAAACAUUGCCUCUGGGUAUAUUCUGGAAGGAGAGGUGUUCAUUGCUGGGUCUGUGAUGAAACUGUCAGAAAAUUGUCCUCAGCAGUACGCUCUGGGAUAGUAGAAUAUCUAAGUCUUGUAAAGGGCGGAGAAGAGAUGAGAAAGAAGGUUCAUCUCGGUACAAAGAUUCAUCCUUUCAUCAGAAAAUCAGUAAACAUAGUAGAAAAAUAUUUUGAAGAAUAUGCCCUGGUUGGUCAAGAUAUUUUUGAAAAUAAAGAGAACUGGGAUAAAAUUUUAACUCUUGUCCCUGAAUCUAUGCAUGCUGACCUUCAGCAAGGAUUCCAGAAGUGUCAUAAUUCAGUCCAGCGCUGGGAACAUUUGAAGAAAGUAGUGAGCCAAAAUAGG